AUGGCGUUCUCUGAAAGGUUUAAAUUUUCCUCAGCAAGCUACCAGCAGAUCCAAGUCAUGAGGUUUGCUAUUGAAGAGAUCAACAACUCCACAGAGCUGUUGCCUGGUGUGAGCCUGGGCUAUGAGAUUUUCGACUACUGCUCUGACUUGCUCAGUUAUUGGGCUGCUCUGGACUUUCUGACCCAAAAGGGAGGAGGAGCCAUCCCUGUGUGGAACGGAACACACUACAGACCUAAAGUCAUCUCAGUCACUGGCCCGUUUGGAAGCAGCCAAACCAUCAGUGUCGCCCCUCUGUAUAUGUCGGAGAUGAUUCCAAUGGUGACUCAUGGGGCAUCAAGUGUCCAACUAAGCUACAAAACGAGAUUUCCCUCAUUUUUCCGAACCAUUCCCAGUGACAAAUAUCAGGUGGAGGCUAUAGUCCGUAUACUCCAACAGUUUAACUGGAACUGGGUGGCUUUCAUCGGUGGUGACAAUGACUACAGCAGAGAUGCCUUGACAGUUUUUCAGGAUGAGAUUAGACCAGCUAACAUCUGUUUGGCUUACCAAGACACCAUUCCCCAAAACCAAUCCUUAAUAGGGCAUCUAUUCAACAACAUAGCCAUGUUCAAUGUCCGGGUUAUUGUAGUCUUUGCCAAUGUGGAGUUUGUCAUUCCUUUCAUCCAGAAGGCCAUAGAUCUCAGAGUGAAGGAGAAGAUAUGGAUCGCUAGUGAGACAUGGUCUAUGAACAAAGAGUUGAUCAAGAAGAGUCAGAUUGAGAGCAUAGGGACGGUCUUAGGUGUCACUGUCCAGAGGCACAAGGACCUGAGAGGAUUUGAUGAGUUCAUUAACAACACAGUAAAAUCCAGACAUGAGAAUGAAUGCACUGACAUGGACUUGAAGGAAAGAUGUGGUCAGAUUUGCCCUGACUGCAUCUCCACCAGUGCCCAGACAAUUAUUGGAGAGGACCCGACAUACAGCUUUGUCAUCUACUCUGCAGUGCAUGCUGUGGCUCAUGCACUCCACAAUACUUUGCAGUGUGGGACACGGAUCUGUGCCAACUCAGAAAUCAUCGCUUAUCCUUACAUGGUCACUGAGGCACUAAAACUGGUCAAAUUCAAACUGGACAAUCAAAGUAUAGAGUUUGAUGAGAAUGGGGACCCACCGGCUCAUUACGACAUUGCUCCAGUCCUGCAGUGUUCUAGUGAGUGUAAAUUUGGCUCCAGAAGAGUUCAAACUGGCUUCCACGCCUGCUGUUUUGAAUGUGAGAUCUGCUCUGAUGGAAAGUACAUCAACCACACAGCUCUGAGUCUUCUCCUAUAA